CAAUGAGCGCAACUUCCCCUUUUGCCCAUGUGGUUUUGUUUAAUUUGUUGGUUGUUGAGCUGAGCUUGUGGUUUGUGGUCCGCCUUUUCGUUCCGCAAAAGUAUUCUGCAGUGUUUUUGCCCAUUGGCGCUCACCCUUUAUUGAUAUUUAAGUUUCUACCUAAAAUCACUCGUUCCGUUUUAUCAUGGACCAGAAAAUAUCAUUCAAAACCAAACUGGCCCGGAAGAGCAAAAAAUACACCAACAUUUUGAAGCAAAAACAUAACAUUGAUACGUCGGAAUGUGCAACAAAGUCUGUGGCCAUCUGUAACGGUGGACUGACGACAGGUCUUUCCCGGGAAAAAAUCAUGGACAUCUUACCAGAACAACUGAACACUCGCUUAGAAAGCAUAGAUUUUGUUGAAAACUCAUCUGUCACCUUUUUAAGCUGCCGAGACACAAACAGUGCCAUCCAGCUUAAAGAAUUUUUAAAUAACUACCAACUUUGUGAUUUCUUCGUCUUAUUUGUGAAAGAAGUCCCUGUAAUUUCCACAAAGAGGGACCUUGAACCUCCUACAGGCCUUGUAUUAAUCAAAAAUUUUGUCACGGAGGAGGAAGAAAAGGUUUGGCUUGAAUCUAUUAACUGGGAUGCUGCUUCCGACCUCGAUCAAGGCCAAACAUUAAAGCACAGGCGAGUCAGGCAUUUUGGUUUUCAAUUUGAGUAUGGAACAAACAAUGUAAAUCCCGAUAAGCCAUUGAAGGAAAAAAUUCCCGAGUCUUGUCGACCAGUAAUAGAUCGAAUGAUAGACAGAAAAUUAAUAUCGUGGACACCAGACCAGCUGACGGUGAAUCAGUAUGAACCAGGCCAAGAAGUUCAUUUUGAAGGGAUCCCACCUCAUAUUGAUACCCACAGUGCCUUCAAAGACCCAAUAAUAUCUUUGAGUUUGGAAUCGGAGGUUGUGAUGGAAUUUAGAAGAAAUGAAAAGUUGAUUCCCUUAGUCCUGCCGAGACGAUCUCUCUUAUUAAUGUGUGGUGAAUCUAGGUACUGCUGGACUCAUGGUAUCACUCCUCGCAAAUCUGAUGUGACAAAUGGUCCUGACGGCAAGCUGACUUUGGUUGAGAGAAAAAGGAGAACUUCCUUUACCUUUAGAAGCCUACUAAGAAAACCUUGCUCUUGUCCUUUUCCACUUCACUGUGAUUCUCAAAACCAAAUCAGUGAAGAACCCUUGCAAUUAAACUGCGACAAAGCAGCAUCGAAACUGGAAAAUCUACAUGUGCACCAAGUUUAUGAAGAAAUUGCAAACCACUUUAGUGAGACGAGGCACAAACCUUGGCCUAAUGUUCUCACUUUUGUUGAAGCGCAAAGUCCCGGCUCAAUUAUUUUGGAUGUUGGCUGUGGCAACGGAAAGUAUAUGGGACUGAAUCAGAAAUCUUUCCAGAUUGGCUGUGACAUGAGCCAGCAUUUGUUGAAAAUCUGCAGGGACAGGCAGUUUGAAGUGUUCGUCAGUAAUUGCCUCCAUGUUCCGUUUAGGGACAAUUCAAUUGACUGUUGCAUUUCCAUCGCUGUGAUUCACCAUUUAUCCACAGAGGAUCGUCGACUGAAAGCAAUCUCUGAAAUGGUUAGGGUUUUGAGACCUGGGGGUGAGGCACUCAUUUAUGUGUGGGCGAAGAACCAAUUUAAGGAUCAACAAAAGUCCAGCUAUUUAAAGCAAUCCAAUAACAAGCCAAGUGAGGGGAAGCCUUUUGCUCCGAGCACCCCCUUCUCCCUUCCAGUUCACUCCAACAGAACCCAAUUCUGCCACUCAGACCUGCUCGUGCCCUGGAAAUUGAAGCACAAGCAACAAAAAACUGACGAUAAGGAAGAGGAGGUUUAUUUUCGUUACUAUCACAUGUUCGACGAGGGUGAGCUGGAACUAGUGUGCAGCCGCGUGACCGACGUACACAUUCAAAGGAGCUUCUACGACCAAGGCAAUUGGUGCGUCGUGCUGAAAAAAGGUGCUUCUAAAUUUUGAGACUCCAACUAUUUCCAGUGAAAAAUUCCACAAAGUUAUUUUUAGACGUUUUUGCAUCAAUCAGAACAUUAUCUAGUUCUGUAUUUAGUUGGGAUUUUUACAGUGACGCACGUGCAUGGUGUUUAGUUAAGUAAUUUACGAGGUCUGCGGAUGCGUUUACGGAGACAAGCCCAUAAGUGAUAGCCACUCUCUCUCCAAAGGCUGGUGUUUCCCAUCAGGCCAUAAGUCUGCGUCACGACUCAGUCAAUUUCGCGCUCCUCUCGUGACGCAGCCGGUCUCAUUGAGAACUUUAAUGUAAAAAAUAUAGCUGGCAGAGUUUUGUCCGCCGACUGAAACCGGUUCCCCGACGCUUUUCGCUGCACCACCAUUGCAGACUCUUGAGACUUUGUUUAUAUAAUAUUGGACAAGGCGGUACAUUUUUCAGUCCAGAUUUUAAUAUUCAUGCGUCAAUGAUUAGUGCGAGCUGAAUUAUAUUUUGUUCCAAGGCCUGCUGGUUAAAACUUAGGAGUUUACUCUAAUAUGAAAUAAUAAUAAGUAUUUUUUUUAUCUGUUCAGCAGAACCUGUUUUGAUGUUUAUUGACCUUGGGACACUAAUGUAAAAAAAUAAACUUUUGAUAUAAAUAAAUUCUUGUAGUGUGCAUAAUAUUAAAUCAAAAAAUGAUUUAUAACUUUUGGUUAUGCAAAGUUAAUUUAAUUAAUAAUUCCGUUAUAUUGCAUGAUACCCAUCUCUGCAAAUAUGUAUAUUGAAACUUUCGAGAAGGUGUUUUGCCGUUUUGAACGCAAUUCAAUGACCUUGCGGAUUUCACGCCACAUACCUGCAACUCCUGUUCGCGCGUUGAUGAUAAAUGGGUAAUUUGCGGUCUGUUCUCUACAGGUCAGAAUAAGAAUGUCACUUCAUUUUAAAGGUUUCCUUCCGUUGGAACCAAAUUCUUUAGAGCUGAAUUAACUUUCAUUGACCUUUCAAUUGUUUAAACCAAGUGGCUAUUUAUUAUAAUUUUCAUUACAUUAAGGGGAAAAAACGUGUUGACCCAAUACUAGUGCACAGUACACACACUUUCCUAUUAUGCAAAGUGCUCUCAAGUAGUCAGUCUGAAGUAAUAUUAUACUGCUUAAAUUUUAUUGUUAUUGCAUAUUUUUCCUGGUCGGAUUUUGCACUAUCAUUUUUCUUGUGAAUCACAAAGUCAUUCAUAUUGACCUCCCUCACUACUUGAUUUAACGGAGCUAGUGCCAAGAACUACUCCCCAAUUGCAUAACGAGACGGCUGUGUAAAUUUACUAAAUUUAAGUCCCCCUCUCGCCCUUUGCCUCUCACCAUGUCAUGUCUUUGUUAAGUGCUAUACCAGCAUGGGGCUAGGACAUUGGAGCAUUUUAAUUUACACUUGGUGUAUUAUCACAAGUGAAUCACCAAAAGCAAAGCAAAGGCGCGCAUCCUAUCUUAUCAACACACAGGACAAAUGGGCUCGGAGGAAGAGUGCGCAUGUUUUGGGCUGCGCAAAAUUUUUAUUUUUUAUUGCCAAUUUUUCUGAGGCACACCAUUCAGUUCGCCAUUUGUUGCCCUAGAGAGUCGCAUCGGAGAUAAGAAGAUAAAUCCAACAUAAUUGCAGGUGCCUACUAGCGGUGAGAAGAAGGAGGCCGCCGAAGAUA